UGUAUUUACCUUGUACAUUAAUAUAAAUGACUGGAUCAUGUAUGAAGAGCUUGACAUCUAUAUAAAGUGUAUUAUAAUAAAGUAAGAAAGUUUUAUAGUGUUGUCCGAAAUGAUUGUGGAUAUUAAGAAGUUAGUUUUUUACAAUAGGGGUGAUCUAUUUCAGUAUGUAGCUACCAUUACAGGAGCUUUUUCGAUAAUGAGUUCCGGUAUAAACCUUGGUUGGACAUCUCCCUACCUACCAAAACUGAUGGCAAACGAGACUGAACCUACGAUAACACCUCCGACAAACGAAGAAGGUUCCUGGUGUGCUGUUGCUCCUCUACUUGGAUCACCCUUUGGAGCCCUUGCAGCUAUGUAUGUAUCUGACAUAAUAGGACGCAAGGUUACCGUUCUGAUAAUGGCUCCGAUAGUAGCAGCCUGCUUCAUUCUCAUCGCUUUUUCAACGACUAUUUGGGAAAUAUCUAUUUAUAGGUUCAUCAUUGGAGCAACAGAGGGAGCUUCAUAUACAGCGUUACCUAUGUACAUCGGAGAAAUAUCUGAUCCCCAGAUCAGAGGUUUCCUAACUGCAACUAUAGCCAUAUUUGCUAUAACUGGAACUUUGUUUAUUAAUAUCGUUGGUUCCAUCAUGAAUAUAUUUACCUCCAGUAUUGUUUGUGCUGCAAUACCUAUAGUGCAUUUUCUGUUUUUUGCGUUUAUGCCUGAGUCUCCUUAUUUCUACGUUAAGAGAAAUAACUACAUUAAAGCCAAAGAAUCGUUGGAGAUCUUUAGAGGAAGGGCAACAGUAGACGAAGAAAUGGAAAGUAUAUGCAAAGCAGUAACACGCCAGGAAAGAUCUGAGAAAGCUGGCAUUCUUGACUUAUUUAGCGUUUCCAGUAACAGAAAAGCUUGUUGUAUUUUCUUGAUCUUGAAUUUAACCAACAAAUUUAGUGGUAAGAACCCAUGUUUGUUCUAUACAGAAUCAAUUUUUAGGGAAUCUGGUAGUAGUAUUGAUCCCACUCUUUCAGUAAUCGUCUACUGCUGCGUGGAGUUAGCUGCAGUGGCAACCAGCACUUACUUUAUAGUGGACAGAUUUGGAAAGAGACUUUUAAUGAUCAUUUCUACUGCAGGUUGCGCUGUAUCUGUGUUUUUACUAGGUAUGUAUUUCUAUCUUAAAGAUUUCCAAGCAGGAAUCAUCGAAAAUUUGGAUUGGUUACCAAUAACGGCUUUAGUGUCGUACAACGUUCUCUUCAGCAUAGGACUGGCGUACGGACCAGUGAGUGUUCUUAGUGAACUCUUUCCCACUAAUGUCAAAGCUAGGGCUUUGGGCAUUGCUGACACCUUUUCUGUUCUAAUGGGCGUCGUUGUGUCUAAAAUAUUUCAGAUUACUAUAGACCAGUUCCAGACGAUGUCAGUGCCCUUUUUGUUCUUCGCAGUUUGCAGUACUAUAGGGUUAGUUUUUGUAAUUAAGUACGUACCGGAGACUAAGGGGAAAACGCUAGAAGAAAUUCAGCAGUUUUUGAUAGGAGAGCAAACAAUUACUAUGGAAAUGAGGACUAACGUCAAUCGAAUUUAGGGAAAUAACAAAUUUUUAUUGCAAAACUUUAUUAAGACUGUAAAUCAUCAUCAUCAUCAAUGCCGUUAUAACUAACUCUUCAUCUUUGCCGUGUUUAUUAUUGCCUUCCAUAUUUGUAGGUCCUGCGCCACUAAUUCCCAUUGUCUCACUCCUAUUUUCUCCAGUUCUUCUCUGACUGCAUUUUUCCACCUAUUUUCUAGGCCCUCCUACAAACCUUCUCCCACCUGGUCUUUUCUUAAAUACACUGUUUAUCUGAUAUAUAUAUAUAUACCUAUAGACUGUUAUGUUAUCUGAUAUCUAUAUCUAUACACUGUUUAUCGAUUGAUAACAAACUGUUACGUUGGUAGAUUGCCAUGAUAAUCUUGCAGGGUUGGAAUGUCGAGUUGAAACACUGACUCUAACUUUAUAACUUUAUUUACGGUUUACAACAACAAUCAACAUAAGGUAACUAAGACGUUGUUUCGCGGGGUGGUCCUUCAGGACACCCUUCUCGUAGGACGGCUCACUAGCAUAGUAACGAUCUUGAUAAUAACAAUACUAAAAUUGAUUUUGAUUAUCCCUCUGUGGGCUAUUUAUAUCUCCUUAUAAUUUGGACUUUGAAAAGUAAACUAUACGUGAGCCUAUACGAGGUUACGUAAACAAAACUGCGUUAAUCAACCUUCGUUUUGUUUGCAUAUUUGGAAACAAUAUCUUUUUGUAACAACCUAAAUUACUUAAAAUUAUAUACAUUUUUUGAUACAUAUUAUAUAGUAAGGGGGUUUUCCCUUACUGUACAAAACAAGUCGAUUGUUAUUACUGCUUAGUCUUUUGGCCUUUAUAUGUUUCACUAGAUUUUCCUUUCCGAAGAGAUAUUUUAACUCGUCGUUUGUAUUAAAAGUCUUCUUAUGAGCUUUGCCAUCACUAGCUUGGUCGCUAUCUGGUCCUAUCAUAGUUCUUAAGCCUAUAAUUAUGUUGCUAAAAUAUCUCCCUUCAAUCAAAGCAUGAUCUAUUGGAUUAUUUGUCCUUAAAACUGUAAAUCUUAGGAUUAUUUACAAAACAUCCGUUCUAUAGAUGGUAGAAAUUUAAUCAUUUUCUUGAUAAUUGGUUGUAGUAGGUGUAAAAUAUUUUAUCUUUCUUAUUUCAUGCUGAUAUUUGUUCAUCUGAGCAUCUACGGUAACUUGUGGUGAGUUUUUUGACAUUCAUGUUUCAUUAAUGGAAAUAAUGUUAACUGUUUAGCUUUGGGUGCUAUUUUGCAGCUUGGCCUAAUUAGCUCCUCUGUGACUGAGUGUAACUAACUAUUACAUUUUCUUCAUGGUUUUACGUUUUACUGCCAGAUUUAAGUACAGAAAAACUUUUUAGUCUUCAUACGUUCAAACACGAAUAGAAAGCGUUUCCUGAAAAUGUGAAUGUAUUGUAAAGAAUGUUUACAAAUAAUAGUUAGGAUAUUUAAAACUGUCUAAUAUUAGUAUCUAAUUUAAGAUUUAAUCUGUGAUUACAGUAUCUGUAUUAAUGUGUGUAUAUAUUUAUUGCUGUUCAUAAUUUAUAUAAUUUAAAAUACAUUUUUAGAAAAAUA